AUGGCCGAAACUACCACCUUCAUCCGACAAGGCUUUUCUCAAUUCACGAAGAUUCGCAAUCGCAAGGAAUUGUGUGAUUUAGCAUUGGAUGUAAUUCCGCAACAGCACUAUUGUUUAUAUGCUCUACUCUAGGUAGACGGAAGGACACACUAUGCACACAAGGUUAUUCUGGCGGCAUCAGACCCUUACUUCGAGGAUCUGUUGCUUGGUGAAGACUACGACGAGAAAGACACCACAAGCCUACCGCCAUCGAGGUAUAAACACUGAUUCUCUUCUCCAAGUUCGGUUUAGUGAGACGUUAGAGGCCCUUCUUACCUUUGCCUACUCCGGUCUCAGGCCGCAGUCAUGUGCCGCGGCGACCGAGGACUUCCUACCGCCGACGGUUGAUGAUUUUCACGUGGAUGCUUUGUUCCAGCAACGGUAAGCGUUUUUACUCUCUGGUCUAGACAUCUGUCUUGCCGUCGGUUGUCCAAACAUGUUAGCGAUGCUGUUUGUGACAACUGGACACCGACUGUUGCAGAUGAAUGGGAGGGACGGCGCUAAUCCAUUACGCUCUAGACGCGCAUUAAUGCGGGUCGUCAUAAGUACACGAAAAGCGCAGAGUUACCUGCUUAAACAUCUUAGCUAGGGCACUUUCCCCAUGUCAAAUGAAUGAAUUGUACCUCAACAUCCUGGAAUAGCACUAUUUCUAACUGAGGUUUUUUUGUUCCCAAGGUUUGCUAAAUUUGAUCACUUUCGUGGUUCGGAGAAACUGUGUGAUUUCACUUUCAUGGUAAGCCCUGUUCAUGUUAUGCCAAUUCACCCCGACUCCCCUUCAAUCCAGAUCGGAGACUCUGUAUUUUGUGCACACAAAAUUAUACUGGCGGCCUCUAUUCCCUUCUUUGCGGAUCUUUUCUUGAAUCCCAAUGAGUCGAAUAUCCUCGACUACACAGUCCUCAACCGUCUCGCACCGAGGUAUUUAAAUUUUUUUCAUCACACCAAACACUAUUCCACUAGGGCCGUGCAAGCAGUUCUACAUUUUGCUUACUCGGGCGUGUUUGACCCCACGUCGGCGAUGCAGGAGAAGGGAGGCAACCUGCGGGACAUAAUUCUGGCGGCAAAACUGUUUCAAGUGGAGAAGCUGGAAGUAGCGUGUCUGGACUUCCUACGCCAACGGUAGGUGCGAGUCUUCGUUGACUUUUUUUGUCUCCAGAAGCAGGUCACCGUAGAGCGCUUCUUUGUUGCGUAAACGAUUCGCCCGGAUUCACCCUUUGGAACCGGAGGCUUAGCGUCGACUUAGAUUAGAAUCACAGUGGGAUUUACUCUCUGUCGCGCACAACUUAAAAAGUGCAAGAACACUGAACAGAAAGCAAUGUUUUGGAAAUGAUGUUUAACGGGGUAAUUCUCGGCCUCCCGUCGCUGGACGGAUGGGAUCAUCAAGGUGCCAAUCUGUUCAUGUCAGACACGUGUGCGCUUGAGCAAUCAUUUCGACCCAACCAACUUCACCGCGGGCCAGGUGGUGGGUUCCGUGCCAUCGUCAGUUUUGUGAAAAAUGCCUACUUUUGUUUAUUCAGUACAAACGUCUUGUCACUUUUUACCUUUGUAGAUUGGACUUUGAUAUCGUGCAACAGUACUGGUCAUUUGCGCAUGCAAACGAUCUCUUCGAGCUGCAGGAAAUGUUGCAGUCGUACGCGUGUGCCAAUUUUCAGGAGUUUAUUGGUACUCCAGCCUUUCUGGCUCUUACGGCGGCCGAGUUGGAGGGCAUCCUAGCUCGGGACGACCUCUCGGUCACCAAUGAGAAUGAUAUCUUUCGGGCCAUUGUCAGCUGGGUUUACAAUGAAAGAGCUCAGCGGCCCUCUUCAGUGCGGGAGGUCGUUAAUAUAGGGCGUGCCGAAGCAUUUCCAAGACUAUUUUCUCGACUUCGUCUUGGCAAACUUUCGAAGGACUUUGCGGAACAGAUACUGUCCCACCCGCUCUGCAGAGCCCAUUUUGAUUGCACGUAGGUUCUUACUCUGACUUGAGUUUAUAUUUUCCUCACUUCUGUGUUGAUUUUCCCUGACCGGCCGAGCCCAAAUUCCUUGCGUACUAUCAACAAAAACAGUGACAUGGAAUAUAAUAUUAAUUUAAACCAGAUUUAAAGUCUUUGCACUCCCCUGUAUUGCUCGCAAAACGAUUGCCUGUGAAAUAAUGUCUGCUUUUGCAUUGAGUUUCGAUCCUUGUGUGAGAUUGCCUUUUUCCCCAGGCAGAGUUGACAAGCCUUUUAUUCUUGCAGUAUUUCUGUAGUAAGCGGUGCCUUGUUAGGAUUAGUUUGUGGGAAUUUCGAAUGGGGUGAUUCUAAAAAAGUUAAAUAAUUCUUACAUCCCCUAGUUCGCAGACGGUGCCUUUGCACGCCCUUAAGAUAUUCUAGCCCCUCGCCGGAAUUUCGGCUUCAUCGAACUUGAAUGUGUAGCUGGGCUCCGCCGAGUGAGCCGCAAAUUGCAUUCGGAAACGGUCAGUUAGACGUCGCAUCCGACAAUAUCCGCCGUGUGCUCCACAGUAAGUUGAGGCAAGCACGGGGACUUGCGCUUGAAUUAGUUUAUACCACACUCUCUCCUCCUCCACCACCUCCUCCUCCUCCUCCUCCUCCUCCUCCUCCUCCACCUGAGCCCGGUGUCAAGACAAGGUCAGGAAGACCGGAGGUGGGAUAGGUGCGGUCGAGCCCGCACCUUGGCGCCCCUCUCCACACAACAAUUGACCAGGAUCUUAAUCCAGAAUAAUAAUAUCACGACGGGCAGUCAUGCUCAUUGAACUUGAAUCCCCCUCGAAUGAGCGGUCCAUGUUAAUAGGCACAUCACGGGAUAGCAACUAUAUCCUGCGUAUACUGCAAUACCUGUGCGUCCCCCAUCCCCACCUGGUUCUCUCUGAUGAUGGAUUCGAGUGAGAAUCCGAAACGCCAGGCUAAUAAGGCUCUUGUUCCAGCGACCGCGUCUCCGUCUUCGGUAGUACAUGACGGCGAAAAUAACAGUAGGUAGGAAUGUAGAGGGUCAUACCCAACACGAAACGGUCUCCCGAUUGCUGUGACCCCUUGAGAAGUAGGCAUGACGCCCUGAUCCCGAACCACGAUUUGUCGCCAUGUGGUGCAACCAAGGUACCUGUUACCGGAGUGAGACUUUGCCAGUUGUUUGCAAAGUCAGCCGCAACCAGAGUGACUGUAACCCCGUCGGGAAUACUGGAUGAAAGUUGCAGACCAGCCUCUGCAACGCGGAGACUGGUCCCACAAUGCGGACUGGCAAUGCCCACCGGGGAGACUAGCCACACCUCCGACUUCUGUGGAGCUGCCAUUCUAAACUAAUACAGUCUAUCAGGUUCCACAUAACUGUCUGACGACGACGAAGAAAAGAAGGCCGCGGUGGACUUGAAGGGAGCAGCAUUGAGAUCGACCAUAGACUGACGGUAAUAAGUUCACUUUCAGGACUACCACCACUGUUUCUGGGCAUUCGUCAGGCACUCCCUAGACGUGGUGUAGCAGGUAAGUACGCAAAAACGAAAAUGUCAUUAAUGUAGAUUAUUGUUAGACUCUUUGUUAUCGCCAUCAUGUAGUCCUGCUUGACAUGAUAUGUGUUCAGCUUCAUGCAUGCCUAAAGCUCUUACCCAGACAUGUCAAACUUACACAGAGAUCUCUCUCUGGGGACCAAACUUCUGCGUAUGAAGUCGAUGCUGAAAGAACAGGAGGUCAUUUCGCGGGGCGCCCUGUCCGACCGUGCUUACCGCGAACUCCCCACGGAUGUGCUGUUUGCCAUGAAACGUGACAACAUAGAUGACGAAAUGGCGUUGGUGGAAAUCUUUAAUCCCAUCGAGAACACGUGGCAGGAAUUCUGUUACAUGCCAAUCCGUGGAUGCCCUAACUAUGUUAUCUUGAACAGUAAGCACCCCUCUCUGUCAUUCCCCCUUCCAUUCGUCUUGCUCAAAUUUAUCUCGUCAUUCCACUCAGACUACACAUGAUACGUGUCCACUGUCUAUGGCUCCAUAACCGCCCCAUCCCCGGCAAUCGCCUUAAUUGGCGGAUCAAACCACGCGAGGAUUUGCCGGAAGCAGGAGGUCCAGGUUGUUGGUAGUUCCCACUUGGGGAAGCCAGUCGAUGACUGCAUCGGAGGUCAUGAACGUAUCGUAAACCAGGGAAAGAUCACCUCUUUGCUGCCUCUAACACAAAUUGAAUAGUCUACAGUGGUGAAAAUACGAUUCCCAAAAGCAGGUUUUUGCCGGGAGGGGUUUAUUAGAGGUCUGAUGUUUCGAGUAGUUACUUUGUCUACCAAUCAUCAGAGACUAGACGAAAUAACUACUCGAAACGUCAGGCCUCCAAUAAGCCUCUCCCGGUGAACGCCUCUCCCUCCUAUGAUAGUUCAGUCUUUCUAUGUGGGAUCGGUUUUUUGCACCUUUUACCAGCUUUGUUAUACGGCGGUACACUUUUUCGAGGCAUGUUUAGUCCUUUGCUAGCCGUAGCCGCCACGCUUAUAUGCCAUAUUCUAGAUUAGGUCGAACAAAGGAGCCGUAAACUCUCCCAAAAGCGUCCUCGUCAAGGGUUACAAACGCCCUUUUGUAGUACUCCCAUGACGUUUUUUUAGAGCCUUAAUGCACGGCAGCGCUGGCAUCAUGUUGCUCUGUAUCGAAACACUGAGAUCCUUCUGAGAAGAUUCUGUGGGAUGAAUGAUGUCCUUUAGGUGAUAUGCCCUCAUGCUGCAACUUGAAUGGCAGUUGGUUGGGCACAGAUAAAGGACGGCACACUUCUGCACAUUGACUUCCGGGAGCCAUUUCUCCAACCACGUUUCCAGUCGGUGCGGGUUCUUUUGGAGGCCCUUCUGGUCAUUCGAGCCCUUAAUGACCUGCCAGAGUUUAACGUCGUCAACAAACAUUAUUUUAUCGCAGUCGAGUUCCUGAAGGCUGUCAUUAACACAACGGAUGAGGAGUAAGGGUUCGUGAACUGAGUCUUGAGGCACACCACCAAUCAUGCUCCUCUUCGACCAACCAGAAAUGCACUUGCGCAUCUUAGAAGACCUCUCUGGAUGCCGAGGGUACUCAGUUUAUGCAGAAGGCGUUGGUGCAGGACAGUGUCGAUUGUUUUGCGGAAAUCGAUGUACACAACAUGGACCGCGCGGUCCUUUUCUAAAGCCCCGGUCCAGACCUCCGGACAAGUUAGCAGAUUUGGGAGGCAAGAACGUCCUCCCCGAAGCCUAUGCUGAAAAUUCGGUUAGAUGUUAUUUUGCGAAGAAAAUUUUUGUAUAAAAAUCUUUUCUAGGAGUAGGCAAGUCUUGCUGAUAGGCCGGAAGCAGCUUCGGGAAGCUAAUGGAUCAGUGUGUACCCAUUCCCGAGUAAAUAGAUGCCCGAUCUGCAGCGACAGAGAAUGGCGCAUGGCGAGGCACUGAUGAAUUUCGGUUCGAUGAAGUGCUUAUGACCCUUCUCGUAGACGCCAGUGGUGGACCAGCUGCGCCAGGUGUGUGAACGCAUGUUUGUGUUUCCGGUCCCAGCUGGUGGUCAGGUUUAUGGUUGGCUGAAUGAAGACAAAGAAGCCCGAAACAGUGCUAUAUCAACCCCCCCCCCCCCCAGACUCCGUCGUCUGUCCUCUGCCCUCGUAGCUUGGCCGACUUCGACCCGGUAGGUGGUUGCCUGUUCGUGACCCCUAUCACCCGUACGAAGCUUAUUUGUUUCGGGAAGCCAAUGGAUCGGUGUGCGCCCAUUUCUGAGUGAAUAUAUUGCACAUUUAAAGCUAAUAAUUUCAGAAAUUAUUGAGUAUACGACAUGGAAUUAAGUGCCCGGAAUUUGACUUUUUACGGUCAGACCCGAGAUCUCAGGGAACAUUUGAGUCGAAGGCAAUCCGCUACCGCGAAAUAACCACGUAAUGUCAAUCCUACAAACAAGUAAUAGUAGUAGUAGUAGUUAGUAGUAGUAGUAGUAGUAGUAGUAGUUAGUAGUAGUAGUAGUAGUAGUAGUAGUAGUAGUAGUAGUAGUAGUAGUAGUAGUAGUAGUAGUAGUAGUAGUAGUAGUAGUAGUAGUAGUAGUAGUAGUAGUAGUAGUAGUAGUAGUAGUAGUAGUAGUAGUAGUAGUAGUAGUAGUAGUAGUAGUAGUAUACUUUCAUAUGACAUGUAUUUAUGUGUCCAUUGUUCACAUGAAGUUACCACCAGAAUUCAUGCCUUUUUCCCUCUCAUCCACCUUCCAUAGAUCGCAUAUACACCAUGAUGGGUGGACCAGAACAAAUCUCGGUGGACAUAUUCGACGUCGCAACGAAGCAGAGUAAACGCGGCGCGGCAGGGGAUUUUCAGAGCCGGUCCUAUUUAAGUGUCGGGAUCCGUGAUCACAUCCUCGUCUUGGUUGAUAGCGAUAAAUUGCCAAUUUGGUGGGCCUACGACACUCGCUCUAAUAAGUAAGUGGUUCUCGUCAUCUGCAGAUUUUGACUUCAAACUGAAAGUUUGAGCGUCGUUGUGGACGAUUUCCACCACGGCGAGCUCCACAGCAGGGUGAGAGCAGGUACGGUGACUUGUGCGCGAAUUAGUUUAUGGUGGUAGUAGGCUUACAUAGCCUCUACCGCACACUCUCCUCCUCGACCACUGCUACUGCGGCUGCUACCACUGCCAUUACUACUGCUGCUAUUACUACUACCGUCGCUACUACUACUACUACUACUACUACUACUACUACUACUACUACUACUACUUCUACUACUACUACUACUACUGCUGCUGCUACUACUACUACUACUAAUACUACUGCUACUACUACUUCUACUACUACUACUACUACCACUACUACUACUACAACCACCACUACCUUUACUACCAUUACUAAUACUUCGGCCGUCAUUGCUGGCGAUGUCCACCGUGUGCUCUACUGAAAGGUGAAGCAGACACAGUGACGCGCGCUAAUUAGGUUACAGUGAGUGAGACUUGCGCCGCAUCUACCGCACUCACUCCUCCCCAACCUGGAUCCGGUGUCAAGACAUGGUCAGGAAGACUGGAGGCGAGAGAGGACGCAGGUGGCUGGCACGACCGGACCCACAUCUAAGCAUACUACCACACUCCCUGGUCCACAACAAACACUUGAUUAGGAUUUUGAUCAAUAACAAAAACGGACCAGAAAGAGGAGAGGAUGACAUAAGUUACGUGGGCCCAUAACUGGACACCACUACACCCCUGACUUUUAACUACAGUCUCUAUGACGAACUUUAAUCGGAGGUAGAUAUUCAUAUUGACCCAACUAUGAAUUAUGAACUAUGAAUUAUUCAAAAUCUGCCAAAAUAUCAAUGAAUUACACGAGCCUGGUAGUCAUCUCUUGGAUUCUAGGUGAAUUACUUAGGAAAUCCUGCUUGGGCAGUCAACUUACUGUAUCAGAUUUGGUGGAUUCCAGACGUUGCAGUUGGUUGGGCGGGUAACUUGACCCAAAUGUGAUUAAACUCGCGUCGUUCGGCGUGGCCUCGUAGCUCAGGUGGUUAGAGCGUUGGCUGUACUAAAGCCUUCUCCUUACUGUGUGGGUUCGAAUCCCACCGAGGCGCCGAGUUUUUCACAGUUGGGUCAAUAUGAAUUAUUCAAAAUCUGCCAAAAUAUCAAUGGAGGUAGAUAUGACAUCUCAGGACUUUCUGUUCAUGAGGUUAGGCUAAGUCCAGAUGUUUUAAUUUGCAUGGACAAUGAAUUAACAGUUGUGUAAAAAUUGCCAGUGCAGAAAGAACCAAUUCAGCGUCCUAGUUGCGAACAGUCGCGGCCAGCUAUUAAGCCUUUGAAUAUGAAAUGGCUACCUUUUGGUCGGAUUUUGGUGUCAUCGUUCAGUCUUUGCAGCAAUACUGCCAAAAUACCAUCUCAAUAUGCGAGAAGUUUUUGGAAAAGUAACGUUGUUUCUUGUCGAGUGAACAAUUCUGCAAAACAGAUCGCCAUAAGAGUAGUUGAUUUGUCCAACAUUCCGUAAAAAGUUGCGAUAAAUGUUGGUGGACUUGGAGGCAGUAGAUGAACUUUGCGCAGAUGUUGAGGAAGACUUAUUAUGCCUUUUAAUGCUGGUCCUGCAAGAUGUGACGGAGAGAAAUCCCUCCGACUUGAAAACUUGCACCAAAACGUAACCCGCGUGGCUACCGAAGAGUUUGGGUAAUUUCGAUACCGACCAGGAGUGGAUAUCUAAGCCCACUGAGAAAAUAGAACCCGCGGACUACGGUAAUGCGGAAAGGAUGUUAAUAUUAGUUCUGUCGGUGGGGCAGACAGAUGCGGCCAUUAACGGAAUCUGUAGAAAGCAUUGAGAACGUGCACAUUUCUGUCAUACGUUUGUUUUAUUACCUCAACGAGGUGCAGGAACGGACCACUGGAUUUGAAAGAUACGAAUUAAGGCGUGUAAACGGGCGGCAAACAGACACUCUAAGUUUAUUGGUUAAAGAAGGCCGGAUUGGGUAAGCCACUAUGCGGCAGGCAAACUUAGCCCUAACCCUCAUCUUUAGCCCAGCUCUAACCUUAAGCCUAAAUUUGAUCAUAGCCAGAAAAAUAACCCUACCGAGAUCAUGUUAUAGCAAUAAGAACAUGGACGCGUAUAUCCAGUCGUUACCCCGAGCACAGUUGACCGCAGCCUUACUGGGCAGUUUCAUUUUGAAAUAUUUCGGAUUUAUUGUGGGUUUUUAUCGUUGUUUUCAAAGCAGUUGGUUUGCUGAAAAUACGAGUUAUUUUACAAAUUACAUGAAAUUCCUCGUUGAAACCAUAUGUUCAGCGAAUAUUCCCAUGUUACAAUUGAAAAGUCAAUUUGGCAAACACGUGUUUCUGGUAACUCGUCAUCAGGCCAAAACAGUUACAUAGAGGUUGAAAUUAUGCGAAGUUACGGGGUUUAUAAGUGAAUCAGGGGUUAUUAACACUCAUCGUUCCCACCCCACUCGCCUGGCGAGGCGUGCUAUGGCGUGGUCGGCGUUUCAUGGUCAUUGGGGCAAGGGGACGAAAAGAAAGACUUAUUUAUAAGACUGCCUUUUCAAGGAGACGCGGCAAGGGACCUGGUAAGAAGACGUCUGAAGACAGCGAUCACUAGCGCUUUCCCCGCAGCGAAUUUACGUGUACAUUUCACGAACUCUCUCCUCCUACGCUUGGGAGGAAAAGACCGACUCCCGUUGCAGGCCACAUCGAUGUGUAUUUAUUCAUUCACUUGCUCCUGUGGAGCGGGAUACAUUGGCCGUCCAAGGAGGCGCCUAGAAAAGAGAGUACGUGAACACAUGCCCACCUGGCUAGGCAGAGGUGAAAAAAAAUCGAUUUCGAGUUCUAUUCUCGUACAUCUUGUCGGUACGAAUCACCGAGUCGAUGCCAAAGAAGCCUUUCAGGUUGUCUAGCGGACAUCAGCAAGCUCCUCCAGAGGCCUACGCCAACGGGUGCUAGCUACAGCCGAGGCAGUGGCUAUACGGCUAGCCAAUCCAGUGCUAUGUUGUCAGAAGACGCUAACACAGACGCUCUGUCUUCCGUGGCCAACGCCGACCCCAGAUGAUGAUUGCACGUCGCCCCAACCUCCUGAUGGCAGUGGUGUGUGCACAACGUACCCGACGUACAAACAUUACUCACAGCCUAUGUCCCGCCUCCCCCUCGCCCCCCUGACCUAAUGGCCACGACACGCCGACCACACCAGAGCACACCUCGCCAGGCGAGUGGAGUGGGAACGAUGAGUGUUAAUAACCCCUGAUUCACUUAUAAACCCCGUAACUUCGCAUAAUUUCAACCUCUAUGUAACUGUUUUGGCCUGAUGACGAGUUACCAAAAACACGUGUUUGCCAAAUAAACCAAAUGUGCUGUCUUCUCACCCAGCUACAUGCGUAUUUAACUGAAACGACAGUGUUUCCGAGGUCCACCUGACAAUUCUGGUUAACCGACAGUCGUUUACUGAGGAGGCCCAAGUUCAUUUAAUGCGGCUGGGCUGCAGGCGUGUGAUGCGGAUGGAUAAUUUGACAUUUGGCUGACUGCUGGCCAUCAUGACUCGCCAGCUCUCUAGCCUCUCGUGGCCACAACACGAAUGCCUCCGCCAGCCAUCAUCAUUUUUGCGCGCUGGUCAGUGAUUUGCGAACUGCAUUCCUUAGGGGCGCCACGGGGUAAAAGUGUCCUUGUAACCCACUUCACCGCAAUACAGACGACACUAUCAACAAAAGAUGCAUGGAUCCUGUUUUCGUCUGAAUCCACAAUAAGAAUGAAGUCGCAGGAAGCUUCAAAAUGGGGUUGCUUGAGGGAACAAUGGUUUCACGAGAUUGGUCGCCAAGGCCUCACCCACAAUCCAUGUAGCACUGCUAUGACGGAGCCUGCCGGCGUCCGCAAUUGCGCCGAAGUGUUGUGUCUGGGCGUUUGCACGUGGCACAGUUGGACGCCGGCUUCAUGCUACGUCGGUCAGUGCACUCAAUCACCGCCGGCUCACGACGAAUGACCAAAUACACGUCAGCAGUCCUGGCUUGAAAGCCCGCCUACUGACGGGACGCAUUGCCCCUACUCAACACUGGGGUUAGGCUACAAUGAUGGCCCUUGCGGUAUUUUCACUUAGAUUAUACCCGAGAGCCUUUCAUUGGCUGGGUUGUGUGUGGCACGCGUAGGCGGGCUGUUCGGUUUUAUUAUCCACGGCAUCCACACCCGGCCGUCCCACCAUUGUCUUGCGAUCGGAGAAGGCUGUGCGUAGGAAGAGAGAAGGAGGGAGUGAGAUAGCCGCAGCGAAAGUCUGCCCCACCCAAAAAUAUUCGAGCACAACUUACCAAUGAGCCUAUUUCGUGGGGUCAUUUAUGAUCUGCUUAGUCCGUGGUAUAUGGAAGGGGGGACCACAGAACAGAGAGCUCUCCAUGUUCAUUCUCGUACUUCGGAAAUCAAGUCGACAGGAUUAUAUCUUUUUCAGGGCUCAGUGGCCGCACAGCAUCGUAUUAUCUCAUCCCACACACCUGAUUCUCUUGAAUCUACUACCCAUAUCGCGUCCAUGCUGUAAGAAGGACUAAAUCGGCUAUUUGUAGGUCAGUGGGCAGGGAACUUUGUACUGUAACGUCCUCUCCAUAUUCAAAGAAACUCUAAAGUCAACCAAUUUUUCAAUAUUUUUCGUUAGAUCGCAUGCCUCACACGCAUUUACUGAGCCUCGUCUCUAUCCCCAGAUGGAAAAAAGGCCCAGAGUUGCCAGCAUUCCGCAGAGGGUCGUGUUUGGUGACACUGCAGAAUCGGUACGUCCUGUUGAUUGGUGGCCGUUCCUCCUCGUACGAGUAUUUGAAGUCUGUGGAAUACUGCGAGCCAGGUCAUGCUAGCGUGGACAACGACGAUGAGGCCUUCUUUCGUGUUAUACCCGCUGCUGGUUCUACUUGGACCCACCCAGCUCCGCCCUUGCCGGAGGUGCUAGUGGACAUCAGCGCGGCCGAGCUGAAUGGUCGCGUAUUCGUGGUAAGCGGCUGGGGCAUCAGCAGAAUUGCUGUCUUCUUCCCUCGGAUGGGUGUCGAAAACGGCGACGGUGACGAUAGCUCCCCGCGCCUUGAGGGGCAGUGGUUUCUGCUGUCGCCAGAGUCCUCACCGUCCUCGUUGGCGUCAAACCUUGUGAGCCACGCUGGUCGUCUCUAUCUUCUCGGUACGUGCUGCCCUAUAUCGUCCUUCUGUUUCCGCCUACCCUUCUGUCACCUAUUGUCCGUUUUAAACUGACGAAUGGGGUAAAACGUCAGUAAUUGGGAGACCACAUUCCCAAGAUCGAAACGCCAAAGCUUCAAGCAGAUGGAAACAAGAACGAGAAGGAUUAUUCGCAAGUACUUGUACGCACGCCUGUCUUCAGUGCCUCGAAGUAUGCAGACCUCCGAGUGUGCGUGUUUGGUCUUCUCAUGCGUGGCACGCGUAGACGGCCUGUAUAGCCACUGUCAGCCACUGCGUCGUUUACGGCGGAGACACCGCUAGCAUACACUUUAUACGGUCACGAUCACAUGGGGUCUAGCGAGUCCCAUUGAUGUUACGAAUGGGGUCACUCUACGCCUAACGGUCUGACGCAGCAGAUUUCAUGAAAGUGACCCACUCUCUCAUCCGGUGACAGAUACUCAGUGGCAAAGUUCUAAGAACAGCUUUCGUGUCCUGACGCAUUGCGUUGCGCCAGAGUUCGAGUUGACUCUUUCGUCAUCUUCAGUUAGUCGGCGCGAGCUGCAAGGAACGUUCCGAAAUCACGCCAGCUAUCUUUCUUCGGUGACUUGAGAUGGCCUUACAGCGUUAUCACUGUUGAUACAGACGACGCUGGAGUGCUUCAGCCGAUAGGCCAGUGGUGGACAGCGUUAGUCGAAAACCCAAAAUUUUUGGUCAUUUUUUAAGCGUACAGCCCGGCAUCUUAACCAUAGAGGAGGAACGGCUUGACAGGUUGAAUCGCGUGUAUCGGCCAAACCGGCUCAAAAACCCAUCACGCCCACCAGCUAUCGUGGCCUAUGUCAGUUUGGAAGCAUCACAACAAUAAACCACUUCGCCACUAUGCCUUGCCGGCAACUCGUGGUGCUUAACUGCAACGGCCUAGACUGUUGUUUGGAUCCCAUUGAUUAUUUCACUCAAGCUAGCACGCCCACUUUGCACGGUCAUCCCCUAAAACUACGCGCAGGGAAAGCAGGGAUCAAUGGACGAAAGUUCUUUUUCAGUAACAGAGUGGUUGCAGCGUGGAAUGCCCUACCUACCGAUGUUACAAUCUCCUACUGUGUGAAUUCCUUUAAGUGUAGACUUGACGCGUAUGAAGCCUCCCAAUUAUCAACCUCACAUCCACUCACAUAACCCAACACUAACUUAUGGAUUUAUACUACUUGUAAAUAGUAAGUAACCGUAAAUGGUAACUCUUUCGACCAGCUGUCAGCUGUCCGCGAUUAUGUACAAAAUCCCUUUUUCACCUUCCCACUUAUCAUCGUUUUUCUCCGACGACUUGUAACCAACUGGUUCGACGACAACUUCUCAUGGAAAAAGACAGGUUGCACAAGGCCUACAUGAACCAUGGGGCCGUCGCAAACGAGGCUGCCUUCUUCCGCUUUCGUCGCAUCGUGCAGCAACGACUGAAGGAGAUGCAGGACGCAUGGAUGACUCGCAAGGCUGAGGAAAUCCAAGGCUAUGCCGUCCACAAUGAACUCAAGAACUCCAUAGCAUCACUCAAGGUGAUGCACAACCCCCCAGCUAAAAGAACCACGCCACUUCUCACCUCCAAUGGAACAACGCUUCUGACGGAGAAAUCAUGCAUUAUGAUGCGCUGGGUCGAGCGCUUCAGAAGCACUUUCAACCGCCCUUCUAAAAUCUUCGAUGCCACCAUCGACCUCAGUUACAAACAAAUGACGACCUGGAUCUGCCGCCUUUUCUCCCAGAAACAGUAUGAACCGUACAUCAACUGUCCAGAGGGAAAGCACUGGGGUCUGACGCAAUUCCGGUCGAAGUCUACAAACACGGCGGCCUACAGCUCAGGGAUCAACUUGUAGCUUGCUUCGGAUAAACACCGUCCACCGUUGGCCACACUGCAUCCUGGGGAAGCCAGAGUAACGCACGACUCCUUUACUCAACUCCUCCCCUCUCCUGACUCUAGGGGGUAACGGGAGGAGGUUGGAGGGCUGUCGGUGCAGCUGGCACUCCAAUGUAAGGAGAAAAACUCGCGCCAGUGGAAGUGGCCAUCGUCAGUUCGCGAGAUUCAGCAGAGGACGGAAACCCUGUCAUAUGAGGCUAUUCUUAAGUCCGAGAUGAAGAGGAUGCCGGAACGCACCAUCUCCGGUGCUAGAGGCCGAAACGCCAACUCUACAGUUCGCCCUGCCAAUCAGAGAUGGAUAUCGAUUAUUCGUGCUACUGGAAGGCGUGUCUCCUCUAGCUCAGUGGCAGUGAACCAGACACCACGUCAGGAGGUGGACAGCCCAGUUCAUCGCAGUUAGGCGCAGUCUUUAUUAUGGAGGCUGAUAUCCCACUGAGGUUCGAACCCGCCAGAUACUCCCACGUGGUUUAACUCGCCUGUUCAGACGGCUUGUCUAGGUGUUUUCCCUGUCUCAUGAAGACGGUACCUUUUUGCCACGAAUGAGUGUCCGGGUGCUUCCCUCGCAAGUCUCAGGGGCUCCUGACCGCAACAUCAACAUUCAACCCCUCCGGGCAAGUCCGCGCUGUCAACGAACACUUCGUCCGCAACCCAGUGCACCAACCGUCCGACAACCCUAACUGCUGCCUCCACGACCGCCCCUGCUUCAACGUCCACGACGUCCACGAUGGGGCUCAUCCUCACCGCCGCUCCUCGUGAUUCCUGUGCCCCACCACUGUCGAGCAUCGCCGUCUCCAUAAUCUCUGCCGAAACCUCCGCUGCGGCGGCGGCGGCGAUGACCACCACAACCGACCGAAACGAUCCGACGCCCCGUCAACCACCACUCCCACCUGUGACGAUGUGGACUCGGUGCCAACCUGUCCUCAUUGUGAUCUCACAUUUACCUCACGCAUCGGCCGGGUCGGUCAUUUGCAAAUCUAUCGUACGGAGACUGGCGAACCAGCGCCUGGAGCACCAAUACACACUAAGCGCCAUCGCUUCAACAGCCAGCGUUGCCAUCCACAUUCAGCCACCGCAUGGGCCUUUUCGGUCACCUGCGCAUUCAUGAAAACCUGCAGUAAAUCACCACAGACAUGAUCACAUCGCCACGCAUGUCCCCACCAACUCAUGAACAUUUCCAACGUCCCACACCACCGGCACCUUUCACGUAAGUGAGAAGUGUGGUCUUUGACUCCUUUCUCUAUGCGACUCCCGUUCUGAAUUCAAGAUCCGAGUGAUCUGUCCCCCAUGUGUGUGAAAUCCUGGUGUAUGGGUAUGGGGGGGGGGGGGACAAGUCGUGUUUGUGGCACUCGUAGACGAGCUGUUCUCAGUUCUGUCAACCACCACUCCUAACUUCAGCACCAGUUGGUUGACCUGCUCGAACAAUCGACUGGCGCAAGGGAUAGGGUGAAUGAGGUUGAGUCUCAACGCAUAACGCCUCACUACAAACAAUUUGACGCGCUUGAGACUAUCACGGUGCACUGGAAGCUGUGGCUUGGCGGACUGCCAACUGAUGGGAUAAGUCGGACCUCGCGGUCAGCCCAGUGUGUGUUUGUGUGACGUUUGUAUAAAAUCCUGGUCAUUGUUCGUUGUGGACCAGGAGGUGUGGUAGUAUGUCCAGGUGCAGGUUUACGCCGUGCCAGCCACUUACGUCCUCUCCCACCUCUGGUCUUCUUGACUCUUAGUUGACAGCGGAUGCCGGUUGGGAAGGAGGAGAUAGUGCGGUAUACGCAACGCAAGUUCACCAUCAAUGAAACUAACUCACUUGCAAGUCAUCGUCCCUGCCCUCACCCUGCACUGGUGCAGACGGUGGGCACGUCUCGGUUGGAGUCCGUCCGAUAACACGCCUUCUGACCGCGAUAGCUCUUCGCUUUCAAUAAUCUGUCUUCAGAAAUAUUCUUCUCCCUCGACCCUCACGGGGAACUGUUUUCAAAAGGUUGGUGAUAGCGGUGCCCGUGGUUGAGCAGAGACCGCUCCUCACCCGUCCACAACUCCCAGUGACCCGUCCAUCGACCUAUGCUAUUCCUCUCCCUGCAAAUUGCCCCCUUAUCCCAGUUUUUAUUGUUUUCAUUCCCUAGGUCGUGACCGAUACGACCACAAAGUUGGUAUUGCCCAGUGCUUCCGUCCUUGCAGUGAGGAAGAGCUUGAAAACCUGAGGCAAGAGGCGACAAAUCCGGCUGAUGAGUCUUCAUUUUCGGAGCACACUUCGACUUCAGACGACCCCGAAUCCAGCGACACGGAGGAGGAUAGCACUAUAACACUUCCUGACUCGGUAAGUGGUGCGAGCUGCGGACGCAGAUAUCCUAAUCUCCCUCGUGAGCUGACCAUCUCCACGGGAGAGGAGAGGGCUUUGACGGUGGACGGGGGGGAGGGGGUGCGGCAUUGUACCCACCGACACUUUGGUUCUGUUAUGACCCACCGCAUGCCACAUUAGUCUUCAAUUAAACACGUCUACAUGAACAAAUGCCCGAAUCAGAACUCAACUGCAGGAGCGGAUUAAAACUUUACUGACAAGUAACCAAGUACGCAUAUAAAACGCAAAAAAGCAUUUAGGAAUACACAAGGUCGGACUGAUAUUCGGCCAAUCAGACGGUGGCCUUGCGUGGUUGGUUUAUCAGGUGGACUUAAUAAUUUUUUAUUAAAGACCCGUCGAGGUCCCAUCAAAGCAAGUAAACAUAAAUAUACAUAAGAAUUUUAGACAAGGUAGGCAGAAUCUGCACAAGAUGCAAUUCAUAGUUUCUGAAUUUUUAGUCGUUAAGAAAAAUGAUAAGCGAGCGGUGAAAAAAACUCCACUUAAAAAUUUUAAAAUGAUUGGAUUAAUUUUACAGUAGAAAAAACCCUCACUUAUAAUAACACAAAAAUGUUGGCAGGACUGGCCUGCAUGUGGCGGUACAUAAUGGAUUAUAAUCAGACGUCGUCAGGGCAGAACUAAAUUUAGGGUAAGGUGAUACCAUACUAACAUCAUAGGUACUAGCCAAAAGCCGAUAUACGCGUGUUUCGCCGAUGUUUUGCCGCUGCAUGGCGCAGCUGCGAGGGGUUCGGCUCGUCAGUGGGUCCCCCAGCAUCCCCCGUGUGUUUUCGGGUCGAUACUCCAAUUUAGAAAUUGUCGCUUUUUAAUUUCCUCAGAAAUUAUCUAGGAAGUUGGAGUAGAUAAUUUCUAAGGAAAUUAAAAAGCGGCAGGUAUAAAUGUCAGCCUUGAUUAUAAUCGGACAUCGUCAGGGCAGAUAUAAAUGUCAGACUUUAGGGGUACGUAUGCGGGUCGGACAGGACUGCCCUGCAUGUGGUAUUGUGUACGGGAUUCAGAACGAAUAUCGUCAGGGCAGGAUUGAUACGCCGGAUGAGACUAUUCGCGUCAAAGAGGCCAGACGAUCCGAACCCAGACGCGAUCGGCAACAGUACGCUUCGAGCCCAGUUGAGGAGUGGGGAGGGGGGAGCGACCAUCUGGCUCAUCUUAAUGGUUGGAUAAACCUCCAAUUCUGUCAAGGGCUUGCGCAUCGUCAGCACGCGAACGGCGUGUUUGAGAAUCGGUUAGGACGGCUCUUUCUCACAGGUUUGGCUUUUUAG